AUGCUCGGGUUUUGCUCUUCAUCAGCUCACCUGGUUGAGGCAACUCCUGCUCCGUUCAGCCAUCUCAUUCCGUCACAGUUACGAAUUCCUUUAGCAUAUUUUGUUGGCGCUGCGGACGUAUUCACCGCCUCCUUGGACGUCUCUCACUGGACUGCUGUGACAAAUGGCGAUUCCGAAACCUUCACGGUUAGUCUUGGCCAGGCAGGGUUUGUCCAGUACGAGCCACUGGCUCAGUGCGGUACCAAGACUGUACAUAACGGCGACGGUUCAGUCUGCGCGCAAGCCAAGGGCACUUUUAUUCUUGAUAACCAGGGUGCCGGUGGUCAACUGCCGUUUGUUCGAUCAAAUGAGGGAGGCUUCAUCCCGGCUUGCAGCCUGCUACCUGCAAGCCUUCGGAGACGGAAGGACGUCAAAAACGUCAAGGACUUCACCAAAGUGGAUUGGGUCCUAUUCUGCCAGCUCUUGGAAAAGCUCGGUGGCUCCGACGGAGUUCUAAAGGCUAUCAACGGGGAUGAUAGGCCAAUUAACAAUCCAAAUGACUUUCCAAGUCUUGUGCCCGCAAACUUGAAUGCGACAACUCUCCUCCUUGCAACUCUCGUGAAUAUAAAUACAACGGAUGGUCACGUAGGUGCUGGCUGGGGAAUUGGAUUUGGGGCGGGCAUCGAAGUGACGGCAGGCGUGUUGGGUUAUACUUCUUGGGAUGAAUUGAUGUCAGCGGACAACACCUUCUCCGUCGUCAGUAUUGAGGACGGUGUUGCCGCCUCUUUCUGGAUUGGGGACAAACCUGUCGCAGGUUUCCUAGGCACCGGUAUUGAAUUAGAUGUAAGCAUCAGUGGUGGUACAUUCACUUGGUCUCAAACUUAG